AUGAACUACGAAAAGGAAGGGAGAACUGAAGAAAUGGAAGGACCGAUCGUUGACGUCGAUGAUUCCCUAAGGCGGCCAAAAAACUGUGACGAAUGUCCAAUUUGUUAUCAGGAAUUUGCAUACAAGACUGAAUUACCUGACUGUGGACACAAGUUUUGUUUUUUAUGCAUCAAAGGAGCGGCUCUGAGACAGGGAGCAUGUCCACUAUGUCGAAAAAGCAUUCCUUGUAAUAUAUUUCUUGACCCAGUGCUUGCAACGCUUGCUGGUCAGCCAACAACAGUCGGAAUAGCUACUUCUGCCAAAUCAAUAAGCAUUGUGGCGGAAAAUAUUGUUAGUCGGAAGAAUGCGGAAAAAGUGAAGUGGUUUUACGGAGCUCGUAAUGGAGGCUGGUGGCGUUAUGAACGUCGACACGAAAGCGAAAUAGAAGAAGCUUAUCAGCACGGUUUACAUAGCAUUGAUUUACUCAUUGCGGGCAGCUUAUUUUGCAUUAAUUUUAUCAAUAUGUUUCAGUACAGAAAAGAAUUGGGAAGUAAAUUCACUCGUCCAGUAAAACGAAUUGAAGAAGGAGACCCUAGCUUGGAUGGUGAUGUUCGUGGUAUUGCUGGUCUACGUACACCCAUUGAACUGAAUACAAAUGCGGAGCAAGGCAUGUCUGAAGAUUUCAAAGUAAUUACUGGAAAUUUAAGCUCGUUAGAUUUGAACUAA